GUAAAUAAAGCGCUGGCGAAUGUAUUCCCGCCACUACUUUGUACAAACUCGUACCUGGCUACAUAAGCAACAAGUAACCUGGCAGCCGACCCUAUUCAAGUAACACAAUGGAUGAAAUGUAUCUGGAUAAUAUUGAUGAAUAUGUCAAUGACCACAAUAAGAUAGUAACCUACAAAUGGCUCAGUCUCACACUUGGUGUCCAUGUCAACCUGGCCAAACAAAUGCUGUUUCAUUACUUGGAGCAGAAAAGGAGAGAGAGUUCUACUCAGCUUCAUGCUACUUAUCUAGUCUCUGGCAAGUUUGUUGAGAAUGGCCAGGCAAGCCAUAAGGUGUCGGUUGUGCGAGAAGAUCAGCUGGAGGAUGUGAAGUCGAAGUUGAGCCUGACUGUUAGUGUCCACGUGUACAGCGUCCAGAAAGCUGAGCUGAAAGACAGUGGUCCCCUGUACAGUGUUGAUUAUGACGCUGUGAAGGAGAAUAUUAAGAACUGCAGCAGGUACAGUGCUAUCCACUGUGCCAGCGCAAUCCCCAUAGAGACUCCUGAGAGAACACAGGCCCCGCCACCAGACACGGAACAAGAAGUCAAAUCUGUCAUGAAUGGUCAAACCAGUCUGCCUGCUAAACCUACCGCCAAGCCUAAAGGAAUCAUGGGAAUGUUUGGAAACAAGAAUGCCCCCAAAAACGAAAAAGAGAUCAAGUCGGAGAAGAAGGAGGACACACCUGCCCAUGUACCAGCGAUUGAGAUCUCCAAAAAUAAACCAGUUUCCAAGACAAAUGCUAUGAGUAACUUCUUCGGGAAACAAGCAGCAAAAAAGCCUGCGGACCCGGUGAAACAGGAGGAAGUAGCUGAACCUUCUCCAGUAGAGAGUAAACCUACAAGCCCGCCUGUGAAACAAACUCAGCUGGAGAUGGAGGAACCGGAGGAUGUGCUCGAGAAGGAGCACGGAAGCAAGACCAAGAGGCUCAACCAUUCUGAUGGUGAGGAGGAGAAAACAGAGAGCCAGAAGAAGAAGAGAAGGAGGAUCAAGAAGCCUCAGCCAGACAGUAGUGACGAUGAGGUUAUUCCUGAUUCUCCACGGCAACAAGAUGUGAGGAAGCCUUCAUCGAGUCGAGGCUGCCAAGUAAAGAGAGAACCAGUUUCAUGCCCUGAUGAGAAGUCCCCUAAGAAGAGGAAAAGGAGGCGUGUCUUGAAAGCUCAUACCUUUCAGGAUGAAGAGGGCUGCAUUGUGACAGAGAAGGCCUUCGAGAGUGAAUCCUACUCUGAGACGGAGGAUGAAGUACAGGCCAGUAAACCCACUUCAGCCCCCGCUACACUAUCAACUGGCAAGAAAGAGGAAAAGAAAAGCCAGAAGAAAUCUACUCCCACUGCCAAUAAAGGAACCAAGCAGGCUUCAAUUAUGGGAUUUUUCCAGAAGAAAUGAUAAAUGACCUCUUCUGUUGUUGUUGAGCACUCCGGAUGACCACCAGGGAUCACCACCAUCAGUUGAACUUGACAACCUUGUGGACAUUGGUUUGGCUAACUCACGUUCUUCAGUUCUACACAGAAACAAUGGGGUCUCACAUUGGGUUUAGUUAUUUGGCAACACCAUGUGGAACAUGACACUUGUUUUAUUGCUUUGACAAUGGCAAUUUUUCCUAACUCUCUUUACUGUAUAUCAUUAAAUGAUGUCAACCUUUUCACCAAUGCUGUGAUAUAUCUGACUGCUGUACUUCAACAGUAGAAUGGAUCUGGUGAGCUAGUGAGCCAUGUCUUAUAUAAACAAGUGUGAAUUUCAUAAUAGUCCACGUACGCACAUGCAAUUUUUGUGGACUGACCGAGCAAGCUAUCGAGCUGCUUGUCGCAGCAAAAAUUUGUAGAAUGUCUGUAGUUAGCCAUAAUAUAGUUGGAUGUGUAUAGUUGGAUGUGUAAUCAAAAUUAAAGUAUUUUCAUACAA